AUGACUGGAGGCGGCAAGUCCGGCGGCAAGGCCAGCGGUUCCAAGAACUCGCAAACUCGUUCUUCUAAGGCCGGUCUGGCCUUCCCUGUUGGUCGUGUUCACCGUCUUCUGCGGAAGGGAAACUAUGCUCAGCGCGUCGGUGCUGGUGCUCCCGUGUACCUGGCUGCUGUCCUAGAGUACCUCGCUGCCGAGAUUCUUGAGCUGGCAGGAAACGCUGCUCGUGACAACAAGAAGACUCGUAUCAUUCCCAGACAUCUUCAGCUUGCUAUCCGGAACGAUGAGGAGUUGAACAAGCUUCUGGGCCACGUUACUAUCGCGCAGGGCGGUGUCUUGCCCAACAUUCACCAGAACCUUUUGCCCAAGAAGACGGGCAAGGCUGGCAAGAACGCCAGCCAGGAGCUGUAG